CUGAAGCUUUGAAGACGAUUAGUUACGGUGCGGGUGAAAAGAAACGAAACACCGGAGAGACGACCGAAGCGAAGACGGUUUGGUGGCGUUGCCUUUCCAAACGCAGCAGCGAUACCCACUGCGCGAUCGCCCCGUCUCGCCCUCCUCUCCUCCCCUCCUCGAUACGAUCUCCUUAACUAGCCUUGAACCUCGAUCUUUCAAUCUCCCGCGGGAGAUCUGCGAUGCCCGCCAACAGCCCCCCGAAGCACCGACACGAUGGGACCUCGCCGUUGCCCCUCGGCAUGGACUGGAGCCCUCCCCCGAAGCGCUGGGAUGGAAGAAAUACUAUAUGGCCACACAAUCCUCAAACUGGUUGGAGUUACUGUGCCAUGAUUCCUUCUUGGGUUGUUCAGACAGAACCUGGAACAUCUCAAGAAAGCUUCUUAAAUCCUAUUGUUUUUUACAGGAUUCAUGUGGGUAUACAAUCUCCAGAAGGGGUUAGCACCAGCCAUGGAUUAUUAAGAAGAUUCAGUGACUUCUUGAUGUUAUAUUCUGCUCUUAAGAAGACAUUUCCCAGAAAAGAUAUUCCCUCUGCCCCUCCAAAGCAUGCUUUUUUGAGAAUAAAUUCAAGCCGGAUGCUCCUAGAAGAGAGAAGACAGGCUUUAGAGGAAUGGAUGGGAAAGCUACUCUCUGAUAUUGACCUCUCUAGAAGUGCACCUGCGGCAGGUUUUCUUGAGCUAGAAACUGCUGCAAGGUUAUCAUUUCAGAAUGAGAAUUGUCAACUUGAAGAACCAAGUUCACCAGCUAAUGCUACUGCUGUGGCCCCCUCAGUUCCAGCUAGACCCCUUUUAAGUGCUUCCGUCGCUGAUUAUUCGGCAGUUCCAUCUAUAUCUCACACUGUUGCAUCAGAUAUCUGUAGUGAGAAUAUAGAUGAAAUCUCAGAACUUGGAACUCCGAAAAAAGGGAAGACCCAAGUUUCUGAAGCCAGCACUGAACCUCUAGCACUUGUUCAUGAUCUAGUGUCUUCUACAAUAGCUAUCGGUGAUGAUCUCAUGGGUGAAUCAUCCCUGGAACAUCCAGAAGAUUUCAUUAUGAGUAAGUUGAACCACGGGCAAGAGUACCAUGCUCUAGAGAGACAAACGAUUGGUGGAAGUUCAUCCAGAGACAGAAUAGAGUCCAUAUCAGAUCAGAACCAUGAUAAACUUUAUGGUCAUUCUCGAAAGCUCUCUGCUGAAAGCAUUGGGAGUGAUAGCAGUUCCAUAAGAGGCAGUGAAGUAUCAGCUGCUGGGGUCACCAAUUCAAUUUGGGAGGUAUCCCUCGAUGUUCCUGAUGGCGCUGAAAUUCCAAAUAUCAUGGAUGCACUUCCUCAUCUGAAUACACAAGUUCUUAAUAAGGCACAAAUUGUUCUUCCAAUUGAUCAAAGGCUUAAACUUAAUAGAGUUAUUGUCAAUAUGCAACAAAGAUUGGUAACAGCAAGAACUGAUAUGGAGGAUCUUAUAGCAAGGUUGAAUCAAGAAAUGGCUGUUAAAGAAUAUCUUACAACAAAGGUCAAGGAUUUAGAGGUAGAACUAGAAGCUACUGAACAGAAAGGUACAGAAAACUUGCAACAAGCCAUCUUAAUCGAAAAAGAGAGAGUCACACAAAUGCAAUGGGAUAUGGAUGAACUGCAUAGGAAGUGUACAGAAAUGGAGGCAAAACUUACAUCUGAACAGAAUGAAAAGAAUCAUGCAGAAUCGGAGAAAACGACUGCUAGUGAUGAAACAGAACUGUUACUGCAGGAGGUACAUUGUAAAGAAGAAGAAUUGCAGAAUAUGCAGAAAUGCUUAGCAGAACUUGAAAUGAAAUCAAAGGCUGACAUCAAGGUCCUUGUCAAAGAAGUGAAGUCUCUAAGGAAGUCUCAAGCAGAGCUGAGGGAAGUGCUGAAUCAAUCUUUAAAAGAGAAAACUGACCUAGAGGUAGUUCUUCAUAGAGAAAAGCAAAGAUGGUCCAAUGCAAAAUCAGCAAACGAGAAACUUCUUCAUGAAUGCAGAGUUCUUCAUGAUCGGCUUCAAGAGUGCAAUGUAAAUUUUCUCAUGGAUGAGGAUGACAAAUUCACUAUUAGUUCUUCACCUGAUGAUGCUUUAGAUCUCCUUGCAACUUCAGAUGAUCGUAUAGGUCUACUUCUUGCAGAGGCUCAACUUCUGGCAAGGGAUGAUGAAGAAUCUCUUCUGAAUGUUGUUGAUGCUCGAACCAGCGAAUCUUCUCAACCUCUGGUUGCAGAAAAUGGUGAUAUCUCAAUUAGCACAGACAAUCAGAUAAGAAAAAUGCUGACUGAUAUGUUUAUAGAUAAUGUGAGACUAAGGAAACAGGUAAACUCAGCUAUCAGAUGUGCCUUGAACACAGUUAUAAAACCAGAAGAGAGUGAAGAAAGUCAUGAAGUUCCUUCAAGGAACACUGUUCUUAACCGUUUCUUGUAGAGAUGAAACAACAAAGGUGUACACAUUUCUCUUGAAUUGUUCUGUCUGUGUACUCUAAUUGACCUCACUCACGUUCCAAUGAGCUGUAUAUUUUGACCACAUGAUAUAUAUAUCAAUCAAAGGGAAGUACAAGGAUUUAA